AGUCUUAUUCAUUCAGCGCCAGUCUCGAAUUUUAAAUCUUUUAUCUCACAAUUCAGACUAUAGCAAGUUUUUAAGAGAGCAGUUUAUACUUUAUUAAAAAAUAACUGAUCGAUGUAUAUAUAUAUAUAUAAGAACAUAUACAAAAAUGAAAACAACAAUUGGAAUAUCAAAAAUCAUUUUUCUUCUGAUAAUUUUGCAAAAUUUCUCUGCAAGAUGUGCCGUUCCUACAGAUGCAGUUCACUACAUAGAACCAGGAAAAGUCAUUGUAAAUGAUAAACCAGGCCUGCAAGUAUUUUGUCAUAAAGCAAAAUCAAAAUAUUUAAUAAACAUAUGGAAAACGAUAACGAUGGAUUUAAAUAUUAACCUAGACACAUAUGAUUUAUAUGAUGGCAAAACGCCUCAAGAAGUUUUCGAAAAACAUGAAAAUAAUCAACGAUUUUGGAAAUUCAAUUUUUUUGGUACAAAAAAACACAAAUUACUCAAAAUUAAUCCUUUUGAAACUACUUGUAUUGGCGUUUAUAUUCACGAAUAUAAUGGAUUACGAUAUACUAUAAGUAUGACUCAAACACGUGUAGAUAUUGGAAAAGUACUAAUGGCUUUGUUAGGAGUUAUAUUAUUUUGGUCAGCUAAAAGAUUGAGUCAUAAUCCUUUAUUCUAUUACUUAUGUGGCAUUAGUCUUGGAGUUACAGCUUCUCUUUUAGUUUUAAUAUAUUUUGCUAGUAAAUUAUUUCCACGAGGAAAAUUUAUGUACUUAAUGGUUGCUACUGGUUGGUCGAUGUCUUUUUACCUUGGUCAAAUAUUAUGGGAAAAUGCACAAUUGAUAGUAUCACAGUACAGAGAAUAUGUUAUGUGGUAUAUUUUGAUAACCUCAUUAAUCAGUUUUCUUAUUUGUUAUCGCUUUGGUCCAGUUACUAAUAAGAGAACGAAACAGAUUAUACAAUGGUUCUUACAGGGUUUAGGUUUACUGUUCAUUUACUCUAGCAGUUAUUUCUAUGAAGCAUCAUUUUUAAACUGCGUGAUACUCGUUCUUAUUUAUAAUUUUCCAAUUGCUACCGUAUACAAAGGAAAACAAUAUUGGAAAAAAAUGUUUCCUGAAAGGAGAAAAUUAUUAACGGAUAAUGAAUACCGUAAAGAGGGCAUACAAGAGACUAAAAAGGCUUUAAAAGAUUUACAACAAUACUGUUCUAGUCCUGAAUGUAAUCCAUGGAAAACGGUUUUAAAAUUAAAGGAUCCCAUAAGAUUUGCAAAAUUUAUUGAAGGAGAUUCACAUUUGUCUGACAAAGAAAUGAAAGAACAUGAUUUGGAAAUUACAAGAAUCGUCGAAGAAUACGAAUAUACGGACGACGAUGAUGAUUAUUGACAUACUCUUUUCUUUAUAUAUAUAUAUAUAUAUGUAUAUAUAUCUAUGGUGUGUGUGAAAAAGACACAAUCACGUGGCUGAAGAAAAUACGAAGUGGGACUGAUUUUGUCACAACGACAGAACGUUUCUAUAAAUAAAAAAAAGUAAGCGUUCGAUACGAGCUAGAAAGAAAGAAAGAAAAAACGAAUAGAUAAUAUUAAGUUAUUGUUCAUACCUUUAAUUUAGUCAUUUAAAAAAAUUAUUGAAUCGUCCAAUUCCAAGAAUGAAUUGUAUGUUAUCCCGUAAUUAUACACUUCAAAAUUUCCAACUGAAGUGCAGCGUUUACGAGGAGAUCGUAAUUGAAUGAAAUUUCAUUUCACCAGAAACUCUCUAUUGUUCUCAGAUGCAUUUACAUGUGGAACAAUAUAAGUCUACGAAUUAGAACCUCGAUGAUAUUACGUUCCUUAAAUGGACUACACAUUGCGAUUUCUAAAGAUUCGCAUAUGAAUAUUCAUAUUUGUUUUUCCUAAAUCCUAUGAAAUUGUUGCGUUAUUUGUCUGAUCGUUACCACGACGUUAUGAGAGUAUAAAUUGUAAACAAAAAAAACCAAAAAAAAAAAAAAAAAAAGAAAAAUAAAAAUAAAUAAAUAAAAAUAAAAAAACAAAAAAAGAAAGAAUAAACAAACAAACAAACAAAAAAAGAUUAAAAAAGAAGAAGAAAUAUUUUCUUAAUAAGAAGAACAAUAAAAAUAUUUAUCCCAUUCAUUCUCGCUGUAUGAUCGAUUCAAACAACCCGAUUGAAACAAUGCACGAUAGAGAAAGAGAUAUCGUUUGUUGGCAAACUUUUCAACGAAUUGCUACGUCCAAGCGUCGAAAUACUUUUCUCCGCGAUUUGGAAUCAUAACGAGACUUCCCUCGAAGCGGUAUGGAAGCAUUGUUUACCAUCGUAUACCGUCGACAACGAAAACGUCGUGAGAAAGCCUAGCUGGAAUCCCCACGGAGUCGAGAUUUAACGUUCCUCUCUUCGUCCUGUGCUGUCUAUCCAAAUAGCAAGCUGUUGGAAGAAAAACGGAACAGAGGAAACGCUUUGUCGUGGAGACCAGGAUGUGGGUCAGUAAUCAUUCGGAGUUUCAUUUCCCUUUUUAUUCCUUUUUUCUUUCUUUUCUCAGAUGUAUACGACGACCACACGACGGAGUUUGUUACAGAAGCGUAGAAACAUCACGACGAGCUAGGUACGCUACUACCCUGCGGUUCGUUUGUUUCUACAGUUUUUUUUAUCUCCCUCUUUCUUUUUCUCUUUCUCUCUCGUUCUCUCGUUCACUCUUCUCCUUUUUCACCCUCAGUCGUUUUCAUGAGCACACGGACCACUCCACACCGGUUAUUACUUCUCUCUCUCUCUUUCUCUCUCUCUCUCUUUCUCUUUCUUUCUUUCUUCCUCUCUCUUUCUUUCUCUCGGCCCGGGAGGGCUCUGGAAAAUCGGGAACAAGAAUUAUUAUGUGCUGUACCCAAGAGUCCGUAUUACUACGCGGCAUUCACCGAUUUUUCCGAUUUUCUUGAAACCAUAACUUUCACGUUACCAUUUAACACAGGUUUUCAUUUCAGAAGUAUUUUCUGAUCUUUAAAGCGACGAUAUAAUUAUAUGCGGAAUAAUUUAAUAUUAGUUUGUGAUCCAUUUGAUGGAUUAAGUAAAUUGUCACGAAGAGAUUGAUAUAAGUCGAUUGAGAACGUAAAUUUAUCAAAGAGAGCACUUGGAAGAUUAACAUGUUCUUGAAUAACUAGAUAUCCAAAAAAAAGAAAAAAAACAAGAGAGAGAAAGAGAGAAAGAAGUGAAACACGAUGUUAACUAAAAAAAAAAAAAUAUGUUCUCGCAAAAUCUCUUCGUGAAAGAAAAUUAUGAAAGAAGAAAAAAAGAAACAAAAAAAUAACAGCAAAGCUUCUUACAGAACACGCAACAGGUAGUACAGAAUUAAGAAUGAACUACGGUAGAUGAUUUAAAUGGAAUUUAAAAGAAAAACUUGUUAAUUGCUAGCAAUUAAGACGAGAUCAGUCAUCCAGGAGACAACUCAUCUCUUGCAUGACUUCCCUCAUGUUUAACAGAUUGUCACCAGCCGGCGAGCUGGCUAUCGACAGGUGGUCGUCAAUCGGACACCUUGCCAAUAAGGUUUGAGUCCUACGUAUACGAUUUCUCAGUGUCCAUCGGACGAUCCAUCAUAUUCAAUUACAAAUCGUUGCAACGUGAUCGUAUAGCGCGUGAAAUGAUCGACACGGCAUCCUUCUUCGGCUUCUCAGACUUUUUAAUCUGAAAAGGGAGAUAGCUAAUGAUAUGGUAUACCGAUCUUUUUUUAAUUGGAAGAUAGCGAAUCUAUCAUCGUUAAAAAAAAAAAAAAAAAAAUGAUAAAAAUAAUCGAUAGAAAAUUACGAUAGAAUAGAGUAUGAACACGUGAUCGAUGUGUUUAUUUUUUAAAAAAGCUAUUAAUUAGCGGUACUAUAUGAAAUGAUGAAUAAUGGAUGAUAGAAGAUAGAUAAUGGUCCUAUAUUAUAAAACAAAAAAGAAAAAAGACCUUUAAUAAGAUAAUUCAAAAUAAAAUAAAUAAUGAAUAAAAUUAACGUGCGAUGCUUCACAACGUACAAUAUACUACGUUGUUAUUGACGUAACAAGCAUGAAGUAAACUUUCUCAAAAAAGAUAAA